AUGGCUGGUACAUUCCUUUUCACUUCUGAAUCCGUCGGUGAAGGUCACCCAGAUAAGAUCUGUGACCAAGUUUCCGAUGCUAUCCUUGAUGCCUGUUUGGCUGAGGACCCAUUGUCCAAGGUUGCUUGUGAAACUGCUGCCAAGACCGGUAUGAUCAUGGUCUUCGGUGAAAUCACCACCAGAGCUAACUUGGACUACCAAAAGAUUGUCAGAGAAACCAUUAAGAAGAUCGGUUACGAUUCUUCUGAAAAGGGGUUCGACUACAAGACCUGUAACGUCUUGGUUGCUAUCGAACAACAAUCUCCAGAUAUCGCCCAAGGUCUGCACUACGAGCAAGCUAUCGAAGAAUUGGGUGCUGGUGAUCAAGGUAUCAUGUUCGGUUAUGCUACCGAUGAGACUCCAGAACAUUUGCCAUUGACCAUUCUUUUGGCUCACAAGUUGAACAUGGCUAUGGCUGACGCCAGAAGAGAUGGUUCUUUGCCAUGGAUCAGACCAGACACCAAGACUCAGGUUACUGUUGAGUACGAAGAUGACAACGGUAGAUGGAUUCCAAAGAGAAUUGACACUGUUGUUAUCUCUGCCCAACACGCUGAAGAGAUCAGUACUGAGGAUUUGAGAGCUUCUAUGAAGACCGAUAUCAUCGAAAAAGUUAUCCCAGCUGAGCUAUUGGAUGCUAAAACCAAGUACUACAUUCAACCUUCUGGUAGAUUCGUUAUCGGUGGUCCUCAAGGUGAUGCUGGUUUGACCGGUAGAAAGAUUAUCGUUGACGCUUACGGUGGUGCUUCUGCUGUCGGUGGUGGUGCUUUCUCCGGUAAGGAUUACUCCAAGGUUGACCGUUCUGCUGCUUACGCCGCUAGAUGGGUCGCCAAGUCCUUGGUCGAAGCCGGUUUGGUUAAGAGAGUUCAAGUGCAAUUCUCUUACGCUAUCGGUAUCGCUGAACCAUUGUCCUUGCAUGUUGACACUUACGGUACUGCUACCAAGUCCGACGAGGAGAUCAUUGAGAUCAUCAAGAAGAACUUUGACUUGAGACCAGGUGUCUUGGUCAAGGAAUUGGACUUGGCAAGACCAAUCUAUUUGCCAACCGCUUCCUACGGUCAUUUCACCAACCAGGAAUACCCAUGGGAAAAGCCAAAGAAGUUGGUCCUUUAG